AUCUAGAUUAUUACUGUUUAGUAUUAUUUGUAGCCCUCUGGUGGUCAAUUGAAAAGAUUUUAUGAUUUCAUCACAAAUUUCUUGUUAAUAUUCAGUUCAUGAACUGUUCAGUACAGUCAAUAUAUGCGUUAACAAUGUUCGCAACAAUUUAACGUUGAAAGUGGUAUGAGUAAUUUGAUAUUUGGAGUCGGUGUAGGAUUAUUCCUUAUUCUGAUUCUGUGGGCUCUGGCUUUAUUUGUAUUUAUUAUCACUCUACGCAUCGAGAAGAGGAUUGGUGCUUUUGCUAUCUUAAUAGUUAGCAUAUGUACAAUUAUUUUAAUUAUUUUACCAAGAGCAUCUGAGAAACCUCCCUCUAUUGAGAAAAAGAUAUACGAUCAUUUAUUUAUUUGGCGUAUUCUAUUACUUGCGCUGUUGGUUGUAUCUUCCACCAUUGGUGUGGUAGGAUAUAUUAAAUUUGUAUUAACAGAACCUAUCAGGCCAAUUCGAAUAACUAAUUGGGUUUCUUAGAUAUUUAUUAAUCUACUGAUAAGAUAGGAAUGUAGAUAUGUACAACUGCUAAUCCCUAUUGAUUAUGUGCAGUUAGACCAUUUUUUGUAGCUUGUAAUAUUUGACAGUGUUCAUACAAUUACAAAAUGCUGCGCAACACUGCUAAGCUUUCAUCAAUGUUGGUGAGAAGCGUUUCUCUGUCCCGCCAGAAGAAUAAACGAUUUGAAAUAAAUAACAAUAGUGAAUUUGUUACUAAGGUAAUGAACAGUUCGGUACCUGUUAUCGUAAAUUUUCAUGCUGAAUGGUGUGACCCUUGUAAAAUACUCACGCCUAGAUUAAUAGACCUUAUAGAACCAAUGGAUACAUUAGAUCUUGCCAUUGUAGAUUUAGAAUCGAAUCCAGAAUUAGUACACAUCUUUGAAGUAAAAGCUGUACCAGCUGUUAUAGCAAUUUCAAGCGGAUUGGUGGUUGAUAAAUUUGUAGGUUUAGUUGAUAUGGAUAUGAUAGAAAAUUUAAUACAUAAACUUACUCAAACUCCCCCUUUAAAUUCUGAAGAUGGUAAAACAGAAGUUUAAACAUGUGCAUAUUAGGAUUGUAUAUUAUGUAAAAUUAUUUUAAUAAUUCAUCAAUUAUAUUCUUGCAAUUUGUAUUGUGCUAUAUAAUUUCAUUUCGGUGAGCAUUAAUAUUAUUCUGGGACAGAAAUAUUAUGCCACUGAAAAAGUCUUCGGUAGUAAUUACAUGUUUUAAAUGUAAAUCAUAAAAUUCUAUUAAAUAAAAUGGAAACCUACAAAUGAAGUCAUAGUUUCAAGGAGAACAAUCAUGUUUGCUAUUAUAAAUCUCAAAAAAAAUUUAGAAGUUUCUAUAAAUUUUCAACACUAACUAGAAUUUUCACUGUAGAUGUCUUCUUGACUUCUAAUGAAUAAAUGUUAGGAUAAAAUAUAAAGUUACUAUUUCUAAAAAGAUAACGUAUUCUCAUUUAUUAUUUAUAAUUUUUAUAAUAAUAACUUGUUACUUACUUUACAAACUCUUGGUAAUGUUUUAUAUGUGUCAAUUAUAUUAUAAUAUGAUUAUAAAAUGAUUUUUUUAAACUGAUUGUGUAUUACAUAGUACAAUACAUUGUAAUAAUUAAGAUUAACGGCCUUCUUUGAUCUACAAUGAUGUCCUCAUACUAGCAGUACUUAUUAAACUAAUUCUAAUGUUAAAACUGAAAUAUAUAUCAAGGUACUUGCUUUCUUUGCAUAAUUAAUAUCGCUACCUAAUUAUCUCGUAAUGGAAUACAAUUAAUAGCAUUAAUUUUAGCAUUCUCAAUCAAAUUCAUUUGAAGAACAUUGUGCUAACAAUCGUACAAUGUUAAAUAGCGAAUGCAAUACGAAGACAUUAAAAGACGAUAGUUGCAGGAAUUAUAAACAAAUUGUUGUCUAAUUUGACAUUUUGUUCUGUUUAUUCUGCGUCGUAAAACAUCUCUGUACAAUCUAGAUACGAAAGUACUGUCGAUUGCAAUUAGUAGGCCAGGAAUUUAAUAAAGAUCGUUUAAUCCAU